UAUAGCAAGCUAUCGUCUGUUGACCAUCACACUCGCGCUCACAGCCUCUCAUCAUGAAGACCGCCGUCAUCCUCGCCCUUGUCUCUGUGGCCAUGGCCGCCAAACUGCCCACCGAGGACCUUCCUGUGGCCAUCGUGAGGAGCAGCCAAGUGAACCCCGACGAGAACGGCGCCCACAGCUCCGACUUCGAGGCCGAGAACGGCAUCGUGUUCCAGUUCUCCGGCAAAGAGGCUGAAGAGGGCGGCGCCAACAUGGUCGGAUACUUUGCCUACCCCCAGGAGGACGGCUCCCUGGCCGAAGUGAAGUUCGUGGCCGACGAGAACGGCUUCCAGCCCGAGUCGUCCCUCCUGCCCGUGGCCCCCGCCUUCCCCCACCCCAUCCCCCAGUUCGUCCUCGACCAGAUCGAGUUCGCCCGCUUCGAGGACGAGCGCAAGGCUCUUGAGGAUGAAGAGUAGAUGGUCCUUUUAAUUUUGGUGAUACUAUGACGAGCUUUAUAUCUAUUUAUAUUUAAGUUAAUAAAUGGAAUAAUCUUA